AUAGAGAAAUUAAAAACUAACCAACGCCGUUAUGACCAAUAAUUUAUUUAUAGGAUUACCAAACCUUAUUACAAUUCCGUUUUGCAGUUCCAAGACGAACCAUUUUCCUACACACAUUAAGAGGCACCAACCAUCUUCCUCUGGAAUUGUACCAUUUUCAUCUCCCAUUUCUUCGUCUAUUCGUUGCUCCUUUUCUCUCCCCGAUCUAUGUUAUUUCUAUGAUUCAAUUGCAGAUAUGGAUACUGUGUCAAGUCAAGGCUUAUACCCAUUACACCACUGUAAAACUAUUCACUUGGUAAGACAUGCUCAGGGAAUCCACAAUGUAGCUGGAGAAUUAGACCACAGUGCAUACUUGUCUCCCGAACUUUUUGAUGCACACCUUACUCCUCUUGGAUGGCAACAGGUGGACAAUCUCCGAAAGCAUGUUCAUUCAUCUGGUCUUUCAAAGAGGAUUGAAUUAGUUGUUGUUUCCCCUUUGCUAAGGACAAUGCAGACAGCUGUUGCAGUAUUUGGGGGGCAAGGUUAUAUGGAUGGAAUUGAUGUAGCUCCAUUAAUGGUGGAAAAUGUGGGGAAGAGUAGCCGUCCUGCAAUUUCAAGUUUAAACUCCCCUCCUUUUGUAGCAGUGGAACUUUGUCGCGAACAUUUGGGGGUUCAUUGGUGCGAUAAGAGAAGAAGUAUAACAGAUUACAAGCAACUUUUCCCUGCAAUCGAUUUUUCACUGAUAGAAAGUGAUGAUGACAUUCUGUGGAAGCCUGAUGUCAGAGAAGCGAAUGAAGAAGUUGCUGCCAGGGGUCUGAAGUUUUUGAACUGGCUGUGGACACGGAAGGAGAAAGAAAUAGCAGUCGUUACUCAUAGUGGAUUUCUAAUUCAUACACUCGGUGCAUUUGGAAAUGAUUGUCAUCCAACAAUGAAGAGUGAAAUAUGCAGACCGUUUAAGAAUUGUGAACUUCGAUCAGUGGUUACUGUUGACAAAAGUAUGAUUGGUUCAACAGAUACGUUUGAUCAUCAUGGAAAUAUUCCUUGCGGGCCUGAUGUUCCUAGUGAUAAUGGUAAUGAGGAAAUUCCUGAUGCUUUCUCUAAAUGAUUUCUUCAAAAAGGAUGGGAUUGAUCUUUGAUAAGAUAAUUCCAUUGCGACUCAUUUAGCCAUUAUGCAUCAAAUAAAAGUAAGGAUUGAUGUCUGGUAGAACUUCACUUCCAUUUUCAUAGCAAAUGUGUAUGAACUUAUGAAGCGCUUAGUGAUUAGUUGUUUAUGCAUGUUUGGCACGUUACAGUCAUACAAUCAAUUACUGUAAUUGUGAAAUAUUAUUUCAUCCCAAUUUGGUGCAAUCAUUAGGGGAAUAAACAACAAUAAUUAACAUCUUUUUAAGUC